GGGAAACGUCCACCCCCUCUGAUCGAUUGCGCGAGAGUUUCUUUAUCUCUUUGUUUCGCUAGGCUAUGGCGCCAUGGCGCCCCGCCGCGGCGGCAUCGCGCGCCUCGGGCUAAAAUCUUAGAUCCACGCCGCGGCAUUCCAAUCGCGAGCUCCAGCAAGGGUUUCCAGGGAUUUGAGCAAUGGUGAUGGAGGACGAGGUGAUCCUCACGGAUGUGUCGGAUUCCAUGCACAUGCUGCUGCUGGCUCGAGAGAGCGUGAAAUUCCAGCGAUCCAGCGUCCAUAGCCUGCUCGCUCGCAUCAAGAUGCUCAAGCCCGCCAUUGAUUACCUCCGUGAAGUGAAGAUUCCGCUGCCCAAGCCCGCGUUAGCGCCAUUCCAAUCGCUCAACAGCGUUCUUCUCAGGGCCAGGGACGCGGUGGAGGAAUGCAGCGUUGGAAGGAGCAAGAUUUUCCUGAUGUAUCGCUGUCACGAGAUCGUCGUUGGGUUUCAAGAAAUCGCUGGCGAUAUGUGUCGGGUCAUCGAAACCAUCCCUCUAUCUUCUAUGUAUAUUUCUAGUCACACAAGAUCACAGAUCGAGCACUGUCACCAGGAGCUACGGAGAUUAAAGUUCACGAUCAAUGCCCGUGACUCUCAGCUGGCGGACGAGAUUGCCAUCCUUCUCAAAGACUUUGGCCGCUCCCAGGUGAAUCCAGCGCAGCUCAAAAGGUUUCUCGAGGAGAUGGAGUUGGGGUCCUUAGAAACCAUUGCCAAGGAGAAGGCCGCUUUGGAAAAAGAGAGGGAGUCAAGGGAAGAUGGCGCUGCUGCUGUCAUCGACAAGCUUACAUCGCUGCUGAGUAUGACCACCCAAGAUCCUGCUCCAGAGAAAGUGGAUAGCGUCCAGCAGCAAAACAUUCCGAUCCCUGCCGACUUUUGCUGUCCACUAUCGCAGCAGCUAAUGUCGGAUCCUGUCAUCGUGGCUUCCGGACAGACCUAUGAACGAGCUUACAUUCAACAGUGGGUGGAUCGAGGAAACAGGACUUGUCCCAAGACGCAGCAAGUGAUCUCUCACACCAACUUGAUCCCGAACUACACCGUCAAGGCGCUCAUCGCAAACUGGUGUGAGAUGCACAACGUGCCACUCCCCGAGCCCCCGAAAGUUGACGAGCUGGGGGAGCUCAUCACUCCUUCCAAGCCUCCUCCGCAGCUGCUAGAGCAGGACGUGUCGUCGGGCACCAAAGGCAGUGGAGUGGAGGCCGAGUCGCUGCCAGUGUCCUCGUCCGAGAUGGUGGACGGGAACCACGAUCCUGAGCAAGGUGGCGGCGAGGAGCCUGACAUGAGAUCCUUCUUGGUAGGCAUCCAGCACAAGCCGUCCGGUUCCAGCAGAGGUGCUGCUUCUCCUGGGAGUCGACGUCGCUUCAGCGGCGAGCUCUCCGGAGACGCAGCCUCGGACAGUCUCGAGGAGAAGUCACCCAGGUUUCUCUACAGGAACAGGAAGGAGAGGUCGAGGUUGAAACUUGGUGGUAACAGCGAGAAGCUCUUCGACAUCAUUGGCAACGACGAGAACAAGGAGAGCAAGAUAAGGAGUCUGAUCCAGGACUUGGACGCGCCAUCUCUGGACCUGCAAAGGACGGCUGCGGCGGAGCUGAGACUCCUCGCCAAGAACAACGCCGAGGACAGGAUCCGGAUAGCCAACGCUGGCGCCAUCAAACCGCUGGUGGCACUGCUGAGCUCCGCGGAUCCAAAAGUCCAGGAGGACUCGGUCACGUCGCUGCUCAACCUGUCACUCAACGACGGCAACAAGCACGACAUUGUGGACUCGGGCGCCAUCCCGCCUCUCAUCAGCGUCCUCUCGGAAGGAAACCCGGAAGCCAGGCAAAACGCGGCAGCCACGCUGUUUAGCCUUUCGGUGAAGCAGGAAUACACGGCACUCAUCGGCGCUUCUGGCGCCAUCCCGCCGCUGGUCGAGUUACUCAAGUCCGGAACUCCUCGCGGGAAGAAGGAUGCGGCAACCGCGCUCUUCAACCUCUCGAUAUGCCACGACAACAAGAACAAGGUGGUCAAGGCCGGAGCCGUUAAGCCUCUCAUCGACCUCAUCUGCGAGCCGAGGCUGGGGAUGGUGGACAAGGCCGUGGCGGUGGUGACCAACUUGUCCACGGUGUCGGAGGGACGCAGCGCCAUUGCCGAGGACGGAGGAAUUCCAGCUCUGGUGGAAGUCGUGGAAGCCGGGUCCCAGCGCGGGAAGGAGCAUGCGGCUGCCGCGUUGCUGACGCUUUGCUCCAACAGUCCCAGGCACCGAGCCAUGAUUUUCAACGAGGGUGUCACUCCGAUGCUACACAUUUUGUCACAGACUGGGACCGCGCGAGGAAAAGAGAAGGCCUCCGCUUUGCUACGGAUCUUCAGAGAGCAACGCAAUGGGAAUGUGCCGAGAUCUCAUCACCAGCAGCAACAUCAUCAACAACAUCAGCGAGAGGUCCACGCUUCUCCUGCUGCUGCAAGUCCUCGCUACUAGCUAGCAUACUUAUCAGGUACAUCGGACUUUGCUUCUUCCAUUAAAAGUGUGUUUUUUUUCUCUCGUAUAUACAAAUUGUUUUGGUAAUC